AUGGAUCCGUCAGCCUCUUUGCCCUAUAGCGAGUUCAUUGAAGUGCUCGCAUAUAGCCAGUAUGUGCCACAGCAUAUGAGUGCAACCCAGCCUGCUCACCACGACUUCGUCCUCACAGGUCCCACCAGCUACAACGCUCCUCAGCUGCGGAUCAAUUACCAGCAGGGGCCAAGACACACGGCUUCUUCGCUUGAUCUCGGACAGCUCGAGUCUUACAAUAACAGCCAGACCCAGACACAGGGGAAUUAUGCGUUCCAAUCGACCGAAUCCCAGCAUUAUCCACCGCUUCCCACGCCUCCGCAAUCAAUAAGCAAAGGAACCACUUCCUUCGAGAAAAUCACCCCGCAUCCUACCAUCGACGCUACUUACACUUCUUCACCGCACCAGGUGCCAGCAGCUGGGCAGUCGCUGCUUCAAACGCCCGUCAACGUCGGCAGGGAAGGCCUAUCGGAGCACAAGGACAUUCCAAGAGUCCAAUCUUUCCCAAUAGCAACACUGUAUAAUCAGAAUGCCUUACAGAAGGUGAAGCGCAGGAAUACGUUCUCCGAACGGUCUGCAACAGGCAGUGAAAGAGAGGAACCGAAGCUGUCUCGCAAAAACCGAUGCUGUUUCAUCUGCCAGAAGGUGUUCAAUAGGCCUUCAGGGCUGAAGAUCCACAUGUACAGUCACACUGGCGAGAAGCCGUUUAGAUGCCAGUGGGAGAGCUGUGGAAAACCGUUUUCCGUGCGGUCAAACUUGAUCAGACACCAUAAGAUACACCUACGGAAACAGGAACAGAGGAUCCAGAACGAACGCCAAGAUUCUACUAGGGACGAUAUAUUACAGCAGCCAGCUUCGAUAGCUCAAUAG